CUCAUCCCAUUUCCCAAUUGCCAAGCAAACAUGGUCAAACACGCCUCCAAUAAAUCAUAUAUAAUAUCUCCCGCCGCGUGGAACGGGGAUUCGGAAGGAGCGAAGCCCGAACGUUCGGUCUGUUAAUCUCUCCCUCUCUGAUGGCGAACGAAGCGGUUGCUGAGGAGAAGCAGGCCCUGAGGAAAGCUCUCAUGGUGGCCAAGAAGCUGGAAUCCCAGGGCUUCCCUUCCUUCGUCUGGAGAAAAAAAAUCGAUCUAGACCUCGCUCGAGGUCGCCAAACCCUAAACCUAUCUGUGAAAUCCGAGAGGAAGAGAUGCUUAGAAAGACUCGAAGAGAUCGAAAAGCUCAAGAAAAGAAGGAUCGAUCGAGCCGCCGAUGAGGCGCGGCGCGAAGAGGAACGGAGAAUCGCAGAGAGAGCGCGUUCAGAGGCUGAGUUCGAAGAUUUGGGGAAGAAAGAGGCAGAGUUUGUUCUGAAUCAGAAGAAGAUUAGGUCGGAGAUUCGUCUACGUGAAGGACGUCCGAAACCCAUCGACAUCCUCUGUAAAAUUCUCGAUGGCUGGGAGGAUCUUGAUAUCGAAAUUGAUGAUGCUACCUCGGUCUUCGUGGAUCUACCAGUGAAGGAGUUGGAAGAGCUUCGAGAAGAAAUUGAAUGUCUCCUGGAUGUCGACAGAGAACAUACACGGUUCUGGGAGGCAGUGAAGGUGGUCUGUGAUUGGAAAAUCACCGAAGCUCGUACGAAGGAAGAUGAUCGCUGCUGCUUUUAUUCGGGUGUGGAGUUUGAUGUGAAGAGUCUCUUGCAAAAGAAAACCUUUGAUGAAUUGAAUUCAAUGCAGCUAGAGAUCGAAUCACGGAUGCAUUCUGGUGAAGCUGAGGUGGUUGAAUAUUGGGAGGCUGUUAUCGAGCUUAUUAAGAUCCAUAAAGCAAAGAGAUACUUGAAGGAGUUUUACAUUUCUCGUAUGAAGCCCAAGGAGAAGAGGUUCAGUUCUUCUGAAGCUGAAAAAGAGAAUAUUGAUUCUUUGGCUGAUGAUCAUGUAGAGUCCAAACAAGUGGGAGCUGUGGAAGAGGUAACACUCGAAUCAUCAGUACAAUGGACAAAGCCCAAGUAUGUUGCUCGGGUACACUGUGGAUAUGAGUGGAACAAGUACAAUCGAGUCCAUUAUGAUCAUGAUCAUCCUCCUCCGAAGACCAUACAAGGCUACAAGUUUGACAUUUAUUACCCAGAAUUAGUUGGGAAGGCUCCACAGUACAUCAUGGAGAAGGACGGAAGCAGCACUAAUACUUGCCUCCUUAGGUUUCAUGCUGGAAUGCCUUAUGAGGAUGUUGCAUUUCGAAUAAUAAACAAUGAGUGGGACUAUACACGGAGAAGGGGAUUCAAGUGUACUUUUGAUCAUGGAUAUGAUCAGAUCAUUAGACCAGCAUGAUGUUCUGUAGAAAGCAACAUUACUUUAACAACACCAUUGAGGUCAUAAGUUCACAAACUCUUAGUGUACGCUCUUUCAGUUCUGCCAAUUAGUGAACCUAUAUAUGGGACAGCAUGUAUGGCAUGUUCUAUCUGGCUGGAAUAACAUCAUCAAAGGAUGGUGGGCCCACAAAAAUUAUUUCUCAAGGAAAAAGACACAAGGUUCUCUAUGCAAGUUCACAAACUGGUUUUGUAUGCAGGUCUGCCUGGUGCUGGAGAGAAGAAAAACUGAAACUUAGCGGCUCAAAAUCAUGUCCGUGAUGAUGUAAUUUGAGUUGUUAAUUUCGAAACUUGGAGACUCCCCGUUCUUAAUACACGCACUAGAAAAAUAAAGAAGCAGGGAAGAAACAGACCUGCCUGCAUCACGUGUGCUAAUCAGGGAAGGAACGAAGGGUUUGAGGAUGUUGGAAGCUUAAAUUGUUGGUGGCUGCCCUUUACACUAGCAAGCAGAUUUGAUCUUGAGCUUGGGACUCUUGACAUAAAAUAAUGAGUCAACAUGUUGCUACCAGCAAAUCUAAUAGCAAUGUGAUAGUUAUCAAAAUAUUUGACAAGAUUAGUUGUUAGAAAGCAAUGUUUUCUCAGAUGGAGCCGUUUGAUAAUCGACAAAUUUAUUAAUUUGGUGA